AUGCUGCACACUCGCGAUAUGGUAUAUACGAAAUUCUCCGCUUCGAACGAUCGUCUCGCUGUUAUUGGAAACGAAGGAAUUCUGUUUUCGAUGAGUCACCUUAACGAGGCGUUUCUUGUUUCUAGCCAUAUCAAAGGGCCAUCAGCGGUAUCGCUUGAAACGCUCGAUUUCUCCUCUGGUCAUUUGGAAAAUGACUUUUCCAUCCGACUUUUCUAUCAUGAAGCGCAAACAGGCACGCAGUAUACUAUCAUGUCGAAGGAGAUCGUUCACGAAGCUUCGUACGAUCGCAAGCCCGAUGGAACUCUUGU